AUGCUGGCGCUUGUUCAAAACUGCUCCACGCCGCUCACACGUGCGGUGCGCCCUCACACAUAUGGCACGUACGCUUUCACGGCCAAGGCGUGUGCAUCCAUUUCCCCACGUGCCAACUCCCAGUCUCAGGUUCUCCUUGGUUUAUCCGAGAACGAGCUGAAACACCUUGCCCUUGACUUUGGUCAGGAACCCUAUAGGGGCAAACAACUUCAUCAUUUCUUAUACAGGAGGAAGCUCAGAGAAAUUCAGGAUUUCACUCAGUUGCCUCAGCAAUUCAGGAAUACUCUUGAAGAAGCUGGAUGGAAGGUGGGGCGGUCUCCUAUUUUCGAAACUGUAACUUCAGCUGAUGGAACAGUUAAGUUGUUGUUAAAGUUGGAGGACAAUAGAUUGAUUGAAACUGUUGGCAUUCCAGUUAUGGAUGAUACAGUUUUGACUCGCCUCACGGCAUGUGUCUCAUCACAGGUUGGUUGCCCUUUACGCUGCUCAUUUUGUGCCACUGGAAAAGGAGGUUAUUCAAGGAAUCUUCAAAGACAUGAAAUCGUUGAACAGGUUUUGGCAAUUGAGGAGGUCUUCAAGCAUAGGGUGUCAAAUGUAGUGUUUAUGGGAAUGGGUGAACCAAUGUUAAAUCUGAAGGCAGUACUUGAAGCACACAGUUGCUUGAAUAAGGAUGUGCAAAUUGGGCAAAGAAUGAUAACCAUCUCUACUGUGGGCGUUCCAAAUACAAUAAAGAAACUUGCUUCUUACAAACUUCAAUCUACCUUAGCUGUGAGCCUACAUGCUCCUAACCAGAAACUUAGAGAGACAAUUGUUCCAAGUGCAAAAUCCUACCCGCUGGAUGCACUUAUGUUAGACUGCAGAAACUACUUUCGGCAAACUAAUAGGCGGGUUUCCUUUGAAUAUGCACUUUUAGCUGGAGUCAAUGACUCGGUAGAGCAUGCAGCAGAACUUGCUGAAUUACUCCAUGGAUCGGGCAGUGGAUAUCAUGUCAACUUGAUACCUUUCAAUCCAAUAGAAGGCACUGAAUAUAAGCGUCCUUCCAAGAUAGCAGUGCAAGCAUUUUCUGGUGCUUUGGAGUCCGCUAAAAUAACUGUUAGUGUACGUCAUACAAGAGGAUUGGAUGCAAAUGCAGCUUGUGGUCAGCUACGGAACAAGUUCCAGAAAACUCCUUUAGUCAACAACCCUAUGGAUCUUGCAGUAAGCUGUUGA